AUGAUCAGGAAUCAUGUGACCGGAUCAGCGAUUCUUGAAUCUCCGACGCUAGCGAGUGAACAGACGCUGACCACAGCAACUUUUUUAAUGCCAGAUUCCAAGUGCGUGAUUCCUCUCGAGUCGAAUCCCGAAAUCUUCAACUCUUUAGCGCACAAGAUUGGUCUUUCGCCAGUUCUCGAGUUCAAUGAUGUAUUUUCAAUCACUGAUCCUCAAUUGCUCGCAUUCUUACCGCAGCCUGUAAUGGCUCUAGUGAUGCUAUUUCCUUUGACAGAAUCUUACGAGCAAUAUCGCAAACAAGAGGACGCCAAAGAAGGUCAUGACUCUUCGAAAGUCAUUUGGUUCAAGCAAACUAUCCGGAACGGGUGCGGUUUGUACGCCUUGCUCCACGCAAUGGCAAACUUGCCUCGAGAAUUUAUCAUUGAGGACUCAAUGGUUAACAAGUUGUUACUUCUGCAGCUUUCCAGUGAACUGCUGGUUGAGGAGAAGGCCAAACUUGUUGAAAGCUUGGAGCAGAACAUUCAGCUUGACGACAACUAUGGUAAUCAAGGGCAAACCACUGCACCUGAUGCCACUGAAUCGGUUGAGUUUCAUUUCAUCACUUAUGUGAAGGGAUCUGAUGGCCAUCUUUAUGAGUUGGAUGGUAGAAGAACAGGCCCAGUCGAUUUGGGUGAGUGCGACGAGACCCACAUUUUAAGCGACCCAAAGCUAGUGGAGAAGAUCCAAUUCUAUAUGAACAACACUGACGAAGCUCAAAGAAAUCACUUUGCCUUAAUGGCUCUUGGCGCGUGCAUGUGA